UUACACACGCCAUGUUUGCAGCCAUGUCCGCUGCUCAGUCUAUACUGCUUUCCCCCGUUUUGUUGGCAUUUCUACCGACACGCAUCCGAGCGGAGUGAAGUCGUGCUUUCAGACGAGCAUCCGAGCACAACAGCAACAAGUCUACUAUAAGUUCCGUUUCAACUCACAAGACUCGAACAGCUGAUUGGUCGCGUGUCUGUGGAGAGGAGCCAAUCAGAAACGGGGUUAUUGGGGAGGUUGCUGUUGUAUUGACAAUGGCAGUGUCCAAUGUCAAGAAAAUGUCAUGGAAACUACAAGAAGUGGUGGCCCACCCAAGUAAUGUGUCUUCACUGGUGUUGGGUAAAUCAUCAAGUCGCUUGCUGGCUACAGGAGGGGAGGACUGCAGAGUCAACAUCUGGGCUGUCAACAAACCUAACUGCAUUAUGAGUUUGACAGGCCACACAAGCCCUGUGGAGUGUGUCCAGUUCAGUACCUCAGAGGAGCAGGUGGUAGCUGGCUCUCGGUCAGGCUCUCUGCGGGUCUGGGACUUGGAAGCUGCUAAAAUAUUUCGGACAUUGAUGGGUCACAAGGCUAAUAUCUGCAGUGUAGACUUUCACCCGUUUGGGGAAUACUUGGCCUCUGGUUCCAUGGAUACUAAUAUUAAGUUAUGGGAUGUGAGGAGGAAAGGGUGUGUGUUCAAGUAUAAGGGUCAUACUCAAGCAGUGCGUUGUCUGGCCUUUAGCCCUGAUGGAAAGUGGCUUGCUUCAGCCAGUGAUGACAGCACAAUUAAGCUUUGGGAUUUAACGGCUGGGAAGAUGAUCUCAGAAUUCACAGCACACACCUCAGCGGUUUCUGUUGUCCAGUUCCACCCAAAUGAGUACCUUCUGGCUUCAGGGAGUGCUGACAGGACCAUAAAGUUAUGGGAUCUGGAGAAAUUCAAGAUGAUUGGCUCAUCAGAGGGUGAAACAUCUGGAAGGUGUGUGUUGUUCAGUCCUGAUGGCAGCUGUUUAUACAGUGGCUCGGACGACACACUGCGUGUGUAUGGCUGGGAGCCAGACUGCUGCUUUGAUGUAGUACACGUAGGCUGGGGCAAAGUGGUUGACUUUGCAAUCUGUAGCAGUCAAAUGAUUGGAGUGUCGUGCAGCCAGACGAAUGUGAGCUUGUAUGUUGUGGAUCUGGACCGAGUGAAGAAAUCGGGAGCUGUCCAAGAACAAAUUCAGGGUGGAAAGCCACUUGCCGCACCCAUUCCUAUAGGAGUAACACUAAGGCGGAACUAUGAGCGUCCCACCACGUCGUGCAGCAGACAGAAAAUGAAACAGAAUGCAGAUGGAGACAGAUGUGUUGAGGGGGAGAGGCGUAGCCCUAGCAGCGAGGAUGAGCGUGAUGAGGAGAGCAAAGCAGAAAUCACAAAUCCAGAUGACUAUAAAGAGAUCUUUCAGCCCCGCAAUGCUAUCUCGCGAACACCUCCCAAAAGGAAUGAACCCUUCCCUGCACCACUUGUGGAUGAAAGUUUCCAGGUGAAGCCCCACUUAGCAGAAGAAAUCAUUACUGCACUGCCUGAUCAUCUGAAGGCCCCCAAUGCUUCCUCCACAGUAGUGACCACAGCUCCAUCCCAGCCUGUUCCCGUGGUAACUACGUCAGUCUCAAGGCAUGUUGUCACGACGUCCAAACCCAAACCCAGUUUAGGUGUUAGCCCCUCCACACUUAUUGAGCCACUCAGCCUCAUUUUUGGGGACAUUUUACAACCUGGACUAAGUGGAAAGACCAGCGUCACAGCAGAUGAAGAGGCAUUGGUUCAGAUCAGAAAAGGGCAUGGCACUAUGUGUGUGAUGUUGACUAGCAGACACAAAAACCUUGACACAGUACGGGCUCUCUGGGCUGGUGGCGACAUCAAGAUAUCACUUGAUUCUGCUAUGUCCAUGAAUGAUCUGUCCAUUGUGGUGGACAUCCUCAAUAUAAUCAACCUUAAACCGUCCCUAGAGGUUCCUAGAGGGUCCACAACCAUCACAGUCUUAUCCAGUAUGGUAAAGGGAGGCAGUGCUGAUUCUCCUGGGCACUUCUUCUCUUGUGGACUUUCCAUUUCAGUUCACCCCACAGAUUUUCAAUUUUCAUGUCAACUGCUUGAGUCUCUGAUUAUAGAACCAUUUUUGUGUACAUUUAUACAUUUGGACCUGCUGGAAGGUCCAAACAUGACCCAGGUGUAGCUUCUUGGCUGUCACACAGAUUUUAAUUUUAAAUCUGCUCGUACUUCAUGGAGUCCAUUGUGCCAUGAUGUUUUUAAGAAAAAACAGCCCCACAUGACAGCUUGUUCUGCAUACUACUUUAGUGUAUAACUGUUCUUCUUUUUAUGCCAAACCGACCUUAAGUGUUUCUUUCCAAAAAGCUCAUCUGACCACAGAAUGCUUUUUCUAGUCAAAGUUACAGUAGCAUCUAGCAUUUUUCCAAACCGGUCUAGGGUCAGGCCAUAACAUAAAAAGAAGGAGAAAGAUCAGAGCCCCUCUGGUUCCCAAAAUUUCACUGAGAACCACAGAACAAAGCUGUUCCAGCAUGACAUUGUCCCUGAGCACAAAGUGAGGUCCAUAUGCCCACUGCUUGUGCAGUGGCUCUGGUUUUCCCUCUUUUCUCAGCUUCACAAUGGCUUUUCUCCCAUAGACAGCUCUCUGGGCUUCAUGUUAAUUUAUCCUUUUUAACAACAAAUGCAGUCAUCACAGGUGAAACCCAGGGCUCAAACCAAGAGUAGACAUUUGGAGCUAUUAAUUGUUUAAACAAUCAAGCUAACAGGGCAGAUUGAUUGAGCUACAAGAAACACCUGUCAGUCACAUGUUCCAAUAUUUUUGAUCACUUGAAAAAUAGGUGGGUUCAAACAAAAAGUGACAUGUUAAGUUGUUUAACACAUCUAUACAUAUAAAUAUCAGGAAAUUAAGGCUGAAAUUCUGAUCUAUCUCAUAUUCAACUUUUGAUCUCAAGCCCAAAUGUAUUCAGUGCACAGCAAAAAUAAAAUAAAUAUUUAUAUACACACACACAUACAUACACACAAACACACACACACACACACACUGUGUAUAGUCCCCUCUGAAAGUGCUGGAGCGGCAAGACCAAUUAUUUUGUUUUUGCUGUGCACUGAAUACGUUUGGGUUUGAGAUCAA